CAGGUUUGACUAUUCAUAUGAAUAGCAUUAAACACAACACACACUCCAUCUGUUGGGUUAGACUUCACUGCAACACAUGUUUGACUUUUAAACACAAAUAACAUGUCUUUUGUUUGUUUUUAACCAUUGGAUCAAUUGAUGGACACAAUCAAUGACAACGAGACCAACGACGACCACAAGACUAUAACGUUUAGUGAAUUAAGGGAUUCACUGAUUGGUCCAAACCGUAUAAGAAGUAAUAAUAUGUUAAUACCGGUGACAUUGGGUGGACAGACAUUGAAGACGAGGGAUGAGCUAAUGAUCGAGAGGACAGUCGAGAGCUGUACUUUCAAGACUGGUCUGAGUUGUGUUGUUCAUAAUCCCUUAGAUUAUCCGUCUGUUAAUCUCUACUCGGAUUAUAAGAUAAGCAUUUUAAAAGUGUUGAUCACAUUUCAUCUUAAGAGUCAAUGGAAGAAUAGUACGAUGGCUGGAAGUGUCACCGUAGGACUCAUUGGAUUAAGAGCCGGAGUCAAAGGUGUGGUAUUAGGCGCCACCGGUUUUGUCGCAUUUUCCACUAUUAUUGACAAAUCUAUACUAUUAUAUAAUUUGUUGAAUGUUUGUAUCAAAUUUGUGUGACGCAAACAAUUCAAUUUAAUGUGU